GCUUUGUUCAGCACUGCGAAGGAAUUUCUAGAAGUAUUUUGUCACCACUCUCACACCAUCAAAAAACAAGAGAAAUACAUGUCGAUACUGCUAAAACAGACAAAAGGCCGAAGAAUAGCAGCAAACAUGGAUGUUUUGAUAGGUGGGGUUUGAACUGUGAAUUAUAAUUUGUGUUGGGGUUUUUUCCGUUUUUAUCUGGAAUACGUUGAUGGAUGUCCAACCAAGGGCUCUGCUGUGCUGGAGGAGUGAAGGCACUUUUACUAUUACACUUCAGUGGAAGUUUACUGUUGGCGGACCAAAAAGUGAACAAUGUUAAGAAAACCCAGGGAAACAUCUUUAACUUUCCUUCAUAUAGAAACAGCUCUCUUCACAAUGUCACCACAGAUGUGUUUAUCACAACAUCAGACUCUUUAAGAAGAGGAGCCCUGACAGAGUGACAGCAUACUAAAGAUGUCUGACCUCAGCCAAGUUGCAGUUUACUCAGACUCUUCAGAUAUUUAUAAGAAUGUGUUCUGCAACCCUGCCUUUGAGCUGGAGGGGGAGCAAGAGGAGAGGGUGGAGGGAUUCAGGACAUCCUCGUCCACCCCUGAACCUAUCAAACCGCCUGCUAGUGUGUGUGUGUGUGUGAUGUGUCUUUCAGGCCCAGGCUGGGGUCUGUUUGGGGUGUGUGUUAUGCGUCUGCGGGGCCCGGGUUGUGGUUGGGGGGUGGUGGUGGUCUUUGCUGCUGCCCUGCUCCUGUUGGCAGCCCUUGGACUGGCGCUGGCCCUUAUUCUCACACAGAUAAAAGGCCAGGCAGUGGAGGAUCAGCUGGUCUCCACCAGCCCUGCAGACCUGCCGAGUACAGGAGAUGGAGCGUCCCAUACUUUACCCACAACCUCUGCCAACAGAAGUCAAGUGGACAGCACCGCCACACUCCAGACCACCAGGAUCUCUCCAUCUGAAACACGUUGUGGAGGGGUUCUGAAUGACUCAGAGGGCAGUUUCAGUUCUCCAAACCACCCCGGCUCCUACCCCCCCAACUUGCUGUGUGUGUGGGUGAUCCAAAUCCCAACCCCCUCCGUGGUCCAGAUCCACAUUUCCUCUCUGACUGUAGAGGGACCGUCUCCUUGUCUGUUUGACUGGCUUGAGGUCCAGGAGCAGAUCGAACAGCGCUCUGUGGUCACCAGGUUCUGUGGUAACGUAGCACCACCAACAGUCAACACAAACAGCAGCACAGUGUGGGUCACCUUCCGCUCUGAUGGCAGCAUCGCAGGCAGCGGCUUCACUGCACAGUACAGGGCCAUUCUGCCUGCACACAAGAGCUGCUCCAGGGAAGAGUUCAUGUGUGACAGCGGUCGCUGUCUGCUGCCUGUGUCUGUGUGUGACGGUCAUCCGAACUGCCAUGACCGAACAGAUGAAGCAAACUGCAGCCAUAAACACAAAGAAUGUGGAGGGCAGAAGACCGGGCCGUAUGGUUACCUGUCAAGUCCAAACCACCCCAGGCCUUAUCCCCACCAGCAGUUGUGCAUUUGGUAUAUAUCUGUUAAGGAGGGUCACAUAAUCACACUGCACUUCAGGAACUUCAGCCUGGAAACUCAGGAUGUGUGUGAGUUUGAUUACGUGGAGGUGCACGACAACGUCGAUACUGGAAAUGGGAGAGUGCUGGGAAGGUUUUGUGGUACCACCCUCCCUCCGGACCUAACCUCCUCCGGCCCCCACAUGACUGUGGUGUUUGUAGCUGACGAGGGAGUGGCCGACAGCGGCUUCAACGCAACAUACCAGGCUGUGUCUGUACUAAACAGGACAUGUGGUCCCAGACAGUUUGCCUGCUCGACAGGGGUGUGUCUUCAGCAGCAGUGGUUGUGUGAUGGAUGGAACGACUGCCCUGAUGGAGCAGAUGAACAGGGCUGUGGCAACUCCACCUACCCUCCCUUCACUUCAUCCUGUGAGUUCAUAGAGGUGGAGAUGUGUCAAGGGCUCAGCUACAACCUCACCUCAUUCCCAAACAUCUGGCUGUCCAUCGCUGAUCAGAGAGAAGCUGCCACACUCCUGCGGCAGUACCGGGUGCUGAUGGAGCUGGCAUGCUUCGAGCCGUUGCGGAGGCUGGUGUGUGGCAUGUUUUUGCCCCAGUGCAGUCCUCAGGGUGGCGUCCUCCAGCCCUGCCGCUCAGUCUGCUCCUCUGCUGAACAGCAAUGCAGCCAAGCCCUGGAUCUCUUCUCCUUCAGCUGGCCCUUCAACUGCCACCUCCUGCCGGACUCCCAGGACCCCAUGGAGUGCUCGCUGCCUUGAUGCUUGAUCAAGAGUUUGAAGUUUCUGUUGCGUUGAUGAUCACCUCAGCCCCAGCAUACUUUUUCAGAAGACAUUUCAGACCAGAUUUGCAGUGGUAUUUGAGGACCGAAAAAAAGAGACUGAAUUUUACAGAGCUGGAGACUAAUUUUCUGGACUUGGACCAGCAGAUUCACACAUUAAAGAAAAGUGUUGUAGAAAGUGGUUUGACCCUCACCCUGUAAAGCUUGUGGUGCGCAGAAAAUUGUGAUACAGUAGCUGGUUUUAAAGUAAAGCUUAUAUAGUAAGCUUAGAUGAAGACGUUUGUGUAAUUCAGAUACUAAGUUAGUGAAAUGAGUGUCCCUCUCCAGUAGAAAUCGUCACAAUCACUGUUGUAAACUGUCUUUUUGCACUAUUUAUUGCUUUUAUGUCAAUCAUGUAAAACAGACACCACCUAUGAAGAAAGACUGAAUAUAGAGAAAACCUUUAAAACAA